AAUAGGUUGUAUCGCCAAAGCUUAAUCGCCAUUUGACAAGAUAAGCUAGCUUAACCGCCUUCAGUUUGCUUUUAAUAAAAUUUUACUAUAGUCCCAAUAAUGGCCACCUACGAGGAAGUUAAGGACAUUCCGAACCAUCCAGAAAAAUACCUUGUGGACGUUCGCAAUGCAUCGGAGCUCAAGGAAACGGGUGUCCUGCCCUCCAGCAUUAACAUUCCAUUACCCGAUUUGGAGAGGGCCUUGAAUAUGCCGGAUGAUUUAUUCACCAAGGCUUACGGACGUGACAAGCCCGCAAUAGAUGCUGUCCUGAUCUUCUCGUGCAAGGCUGGAGGGCGCGCCGCAAGGGCAGCCAACUUGGCUAGUACUUUGGGCUUCGUAAACGCUAAAGCUUACAAGGGAUCAUGGACUGAGUGGGAGGAAAAGCAGUCUCAAAAUAUUUAAUUUUCAGUCUUUUAAAAAUUAUUUAAACCAUUUGGAUAGUGUUCGAUAAAAUAAAACGUCUGGAGAACUA